AUCAAUCAAUUGUGAUCACAGGUAUUUGUAGUUUGACAACACUUUAACCAGUAACACCUAAUCUGAAUCGUACCCACCUAGUGAAAUCAAAAGUCAGAAGUGAGGAGGUUUGAAGAUAUAUUUGAUAGUUUAUCAACAUAUUAAGAAGUGACUGAUCUAAAUUGGCUAGUGGUUGCAGGAGAAUUUGAGCACGACCUUCCCACUUGUAAUCUGAUGCGGAUUUGCCUUCAGCUGGGUGAGUCCAUUAAAACUAAUAUGGUCAACAUCAAAUAUCGAAGAAUUACAGAGGUAGUGAUUUUGAGGAUUUAUACGAAAAUUAUAUCGAAUUUUACUUAUCAUAAAAUAUUAAUGACCUAUUUAUUCUUGUAUCCAUUACUGAAAGGUUUUUACGGAAUCUAUGCUAACCUAUUGAAAGCUAUUUAUGUGAACACUAAUGGUCGUGUUAAGCCUAAUGGUGAAAUCUCAUUAGAACGAGCUAUUUACAGUGACUUUUACCAGGAAAUAUUACGCUCUCAGUUUUCAGUUAAUUUUAUCACAGAAAUUAUUUUAUGGAUGCCCUUACUGGUGCUUGAGUGUUCAAACAUUAUUAACCUUUUAUCAAGAGAUUCAUUUAUCGAAUUGGAAUACCCAUCUAAUAAAGUUCUGGGUAAUGAAGAUGCUGACAAAUUCAAAAUCUUAUCAUUACAUUUAUCAAAAUUCCAAGGAUUUUAGAAAGAGUCUCUCCUACUUCUCUCAAAGUGCAAAACGUUCUUCCAUGAUCAGUCUAAAUCAAUGCAUACAUUAAUGAUAAAAUGUCAAAUAGUUGAGGUCGUUGACCACUUAGUUUUUCUUAAGAGUCUCUUCAGCAUCAGUGGGUUGGUAUCUAACGAUAACCUGAUACAGAUUUUAAAAUCUUGUUUGGUUAUUAGUAACCCUUAACACUUGUGGAGUAGUCGAGACUUUCAUCUACA